AUGAAAGAAAAAAAAGAAAAAUACUUGCGAUAAAUUCCAAAAAUACCUUUUAAAGUACUCGACGCGCCAUCUUUAUAAGACGAUUUUUAUUUAAAUCUAGUAGAUUGGUCUUAAACUAACAUUCUAGCAGUAGCUCUUGGAUCGUGUGUUUAUUUAUGGAAAGCAUGUAAUAAUUUAGUCAUAAAAUUUUGUGAUUUAGGCAUAAACGAUUCCGUUUCUAGUGUAAACUGGCAUCCUAAAGGUCAUUAAUUAUGUAUAGGAACUUCUUAAGGAGAAACUCAAAUUUGGGAUGCGGAUGAAAUUAAAAAAAUUCGAACUUUAAAAGGACAUACAGGACGAAUAGGUUCAUUAGCUUGGUCAAACGAAAUAUUAGCUAGUGGUUCUAGAGAUAAAUCUAUAUUAUUAAGAGAUGUGAGAGAUUAGAAUAAUUAUUAGAGAAAACUUAAUUAACAUAAAUAAGAAAUAUGUGGACUUAAAUGGAGUUGGGAUGAAUAAUUGUUAGCCUCAGGAGGGAAUGAUAAUAAACUUAAUGUCUGGAAUAAUCAUUCAAAUAACCCUAUAUGUAAAUUUUACGAACAUUAAGCUGCUGUAAAGGCUAUUGCAUGGUCUUAACAUUAACAUAGUUUAUUAGCUUCCGGAGGUGGCACAUAGGAUAGAUGUAUAAGAUUCUGGAACACAUCAACUAAUUAAUAAUUAGAUUAUAUAGAUACUUAGUCUUAAGUUUGUAAUUUAAUGUUUGGGAAGGUGUUAAUGAAAUAGUUAGUACACAUGGUUAUUCUUAGAAUUAAAUUAUUGUAUGGAAAUAUCCUACUAUGUAAAAAGUUGCAGAACUUACAGGACAUACUUCAAGAGUAUUAUUUGUGGCAAUGA